AUGCCUGGACCAGAUUUAAUGAACAAUCUUAUUGGUGUGUUGCUAAGAUUCAGGAGAGAAUCUGUAGCAAUAGUUGCAGACAUCGAACAGAUGUUUUACAGUUUCUUAGUGGAUAUUGAACACAGACGUUACUUGAGAUUCAUUUGGCACAAAGACAAUAACUUUGAAGAACCUUUGGUUGACUACCAAAUGAAAGUACACGUUUUUGGUAAUAGUCCCUCCCCUGCGGUGGCGACCUAUGGAUUACGUCGUACGGCCGACGAAGCAGAGGAACAAUAUGGCUCGGACAUGAAGGAAUUCGUGCAUCGCAAUUUCUACGUGGAUGAUGCUCUUUCCUCUCAUUCAUCUGCAGAGGACGCAAUUGACCUACUUAAGCGCACACAGAAGGCUUUGAUGGAACAUGGCUGCUUGAGACUACAUAAGAUAGCAUCCAAUUCUGGUGAGGUUUUAGCAGCCUUCAGUUCUCAGGAUCUGGCAAAGGACCUGAAAGACACAGAACUCUGGGCAGAUGACCUACCAACACAGAGAAGUUUAGGCAUCUGUUGGAACCUUCAACAUGACUACUUCACAUUCAAAGUAAACAUGGAGGACAAACCAUUCACAAGACGUGGCGUCCUUUCCUCCAUCAACAGUCUCUUUGAUCCACUUGGUUUUGUUGCGCCAGUGACGAUUGCUGGAAAGGCUAUUCUACGUGAAGCCAUGACAAGUGGAUUAGACUGGGAUGAACCUUUGCCACCUGACUUUCUCCAGAAGUGGACCGUUUGGAAAUCAUCAUUGAAGGACUUAGAACAUUUGCAGAUUCCACGUACCUUUAGUGAGAUGUCUGUUAGUAAAGCAAAUUACAAGGAAUUACUGAUAUUCUUGGACGCUUCCACUAUGGCCAUUGCAGCUGUCGCGUUCCUUAGACAAGUUUCUGACACAGGGAAGGAACAGCUUGGGUUCAUCAUGGGGAAAGCUAAACUGGCACCUAAGCAUGGUCACACUGUGCCGAGACUGGAAUUGUGCGCGGCUGUCAUGGCAGCUGAACUAUAUGAACUUAUCGCUGCAGAGAUUGACACCAACCUUGACUCAGUUAGAUUUUUUACAGACAGUAAAGUAGUUUUGGGCUAUAUAAGAAAUGAAACCAAACGUUUUUUCACCUAUGUGGCCAAUCGUGUUGAAAGAAUACGCAAAUCAAGUGAACCUAAGGACUGGAAUUACAUUCCGACAAAAAUGAAUCCAGCAGACGAAGGCACGCGAUCUGUAGCAGCGAAGGAGAUGCAAGCCAGCCUCUGGUUGAAUGGUCUGAGUAAACUUCUUGAUAGCAGUGAAAAUGAACAUUAUGACCUUGACAUUGAUUGCGAUCCAGAGGUCAGAUCAUGUAAGACAGAAUUACAGAGCAUUUGUCGUCUAGGCUCCCAUCGCUUUGAAAGGUUUUCCGAUUGGCUGCGACUGACCAGAGCUAUUUGCUUCAUACAGAACAUGAUACGCAAGUGGAAACAGUCAAAAUAUGAUGAAGAUGAAGAUCAAGAACCGCUUACCUUGAAAGAAGCUGAACUUCUUAUCAUCCGUGAGAUUCAGGAUGAGAAAUUUCCUGAAGAAAUCGAAGCUCUCAAGGCAUGCAGAAUAGUAAACAAGAGUAGUCCAAUUUUCAAUCUGGACCCAUAUUUGGACGAAGAUGAUUUACUUAGAGUGGGAGGCAGACUUCGUCACUCCAACUUGACCUCUCAAGAGAAGAAUCCACUUAUUGUUCCGAAAAAGAGCCACAUUGCCAAUUUGCUUGUGGACAACUUUCACAGAGAAGUGAAACAUCAAGGACGCUUAUUCACGGAAGGGGCAAUAAGAAGCGCAGGGUUUUGGAUCGUAGGGUGUCGCCGUCUUGUGAACUCUCAUAUACAGAAGUGUGUAUCAUGUAGAAAGCUGCGAGGCAAACAACAACAUCCAAAAAUGGCUGACCUUUUUGAGGCACAUCUUCAUCCGGCACCCCCCUUUACACAUAUUGGAGUGGAUGUGUUUGGACCUUGGUCCAUUGUUAACAGAAAGACACGAGGAGGUCAAGCUCAAGCUAAGAGAUGGGCAGUGAUUUUUACCUGUUUGGUCAUUCACGCAAUCCAUAUCGAGGUAAUUGAGGAAUUGAGCACCUCUAGCUUCAUCAACGCUUUACGUCGUCUUACAGCCCUUAGAGGUGAAGUGCGCACAAUUUGCUCCGAUCGUGGUACAAACUUUAUUGGACCCACUUCAGAAAUGAACGUCAACAUGAUUGACAUUAAAGAUGCACCGCUAAAGGAUUUCAUGGAAAGGAGAGGAAUUCAGUGGAAGUGUAACCCCCCACAUGCCUCACACAUGGGUGGGGCCUGGGAGCGGCUGAUAGGCGUCUCGAGGAAGAUUUUGGAUUCUCUACUGACAGAUCCAAAAGUGACAAGACUCUCUCAUGAAGUAUUAGUGACCUUGAUGGCAGAGGUGUGCUCUAUCAUCAAUGCACGCCCUCUGAGUGGGGUCACAUAUGACCCAGAUUUACCCUAUCCUUUGUCCCCUGCAACAUUACUCACCUUGAAAACAAGACACACAGUGGAUUCUUUUGACCUGGAAGAGUUUUCAACAAAGGAUUUGAUGAAGGAUCAGUGGCGCUGUGUACAACAGCUUUCGAAUUGUUUCUGGAAACGGUGGAACAUGGAGUAUCUGUCUUUACUCCAACAGCGGAAGAAAUGGCAACAAGACGAAAGAAAUCUUCAAGUCGGUGAUGUCGUCCUUCUUCGUGACAAGACACUUCAUCGCAAUGACUGGCCAAUGGGAAUUGUUGAGAACACUUACCCUAGUGAUGAUGCGCGUGUCCGUAAAAUAGAAGUUCGCAUUGGCAUGGACAGAAAAAUUUUCAAACGCCCAGCGACAGAAGUUGUGCUUCCCGUACAAAACAAACGGUAG